AUGUCCCGCAGGCCGGCGCGGGCAGGGGGCUGCGGGGGCUGGUGGCCCUGGCUGGGGCUCGCCUUGCUGCCCCUGGCCGUGCCCCCCGCCGCCGCCCCCGGGGGCUGCCCGUCCCCCUGCUACUGCGUGGCCACCCCGCAGCUGGUGCAGUGCCGCUACGAGAAGCUGGAGGAGCUACCCAAGGAGCUGCCUCUCGCCGUCCACAACCUCAGCAUCACCGGCAGCAACCUGAGCGUCCUGCCCCGCGCCGCCUUCGCCGCCCGCCCGCUGCCCCAGCUCCGCCUGCUCCGCCUGCGCCACGACAACAUCCAAGUGGUCGAGGAGCUGGCCCUGCGGGGCUUGCCCGCCUUGCAGACCCUCGACCUGAGCCACAACCCGCUGCUGGCCGUGGCUGCCGGCGCCUUCGCCGAGGCGCCGCUGCUGCGCACGCUGCAGCUGAACCAGGCGCUGCUGGCGGGCCCCGUGGAGGAGCAGUUGGCCUUGGCCCUGGGCAACCUCAGCCUGCGCCGUCUGGAGCUGGGGGGCAACGCUUUGAGGGCUCUGCCGGCCGCUUUGCUGCCCGCCGGGUUGGAGGAGCUGGACUUGAGGAACAACUCCCUGCAGCGGCUGGUGCCCCCCGAGCUGCAGAGCCUGGGCGGGCCGGGGCUGCGGGGGCUGCGGCUGACUUUGGGGGCCAACCCCUUGAGCUGUGAUUGCGCCCUGCGCCCUUUCCUGGCCUGGCUACGUGCCGCUCCCGCCCGGGUCCCCGACGCCCGCAGCCUGCACUGCUCGGACCCCCCCCCCCUGCGGGGCUUCACCCUCCUGCGCCUGCGACCCGAGGUGCUGGUGUGUUCGGCGGCUGGGGAGCCCGGCCGGCUGGAGACGGCUUCUUACGUCUUCUUCGGCAUCGUCUUGGCCCUCAUCGCCAUCGUCUUCCUCAUGGUGCUCUACCUGAACCGUCGCGGCAUCAAGCGUUGGCUGCACAACCUGCGGGAAGCCUGUCGGGACCAGAUGGAGGGCUACCACUACCGCUACGAGCAGGACGCCGACCCUCGCUGCACCAGCACCAUCAGCACCCCCGGCCUCUGACAGCACCCCCGGCCUGUCCCCCCCCCCCC